UCUACCAAGUUGUCUAGCACCAGGGGCAAGUCAUCCUAUGAUAGUGGAGUGGAUCUUCAGUUAGAUCACUGAAGGAGUCACUGAAUGAAUUACGUGUUAGAAGCACACAAUAAGACAAACAUGAAUACACUCUUCUAUUCAUUCAUUGUUCUAAUCCUAGUAAUUCUGUGCUAUGGUCCUAAUAAAUCUUCUGAUUCCAAGUGUCCAGAUCUUCAUUUAAGAUUCAAUGAUCCUUCCCAGUCUGAAAUUAUAUACACUGUGGAAAAGACAAAGGUGUGGGAAAUGUCUUGCACAUCAUUUGACCAAAAAGGGGAUAAUGAGCCUUUCUGUAACUCUUAUGAAGAAUGUGGAUUCAGUCAUCGUCUAAACUCAACAUUUACAGCCUGCAACAUAAAUAAAGAGAAGUCUACAGUAGAGUGUGAACUAGGAGACUACAAAUGCACAGGGAUGGAAUGUGGCUGGAAAGAGAACGCAAACUUUGAAGAUGUAAGAAAAGCCAAAUGUCGAGCGUAUUUCUACGACACAGAUCUCAGCUUCCCGUGGAUGAAAGCUACAGAUGUUAUCAUGAGUGUGCAAGGUUCCACACAGCUUUUUCAGCUCCAUUUGAAGCUUAAAAAGGAAUCAGAUAAUAAUGAUGCUCAUGAAGAUGGAGCUAGUGCUUUACAAAAUAAACCAGGAUGGCAGAGAUCUUCCUCAUGCCACACUGACUCCAAACACAUGCAGUCCUCCUCUGAGUGCUCUGUUCAGUUAGCGGGCAGUGAGGUGACGCUCAGAGAGCACCCAAGCCGAGAGCUCGCUGCUCCGUCUCCUCGUCACUGCCCCCAGCUUGCAGCUUGGCCGCCCGAGUCGAACGUGAGGUGUAAUGAAGCGGCCUCGCUGUGGAACAGGGGGCAGGGCCCGGGCGGCGGAACUCAGGACUCGCUCUUUGCCCUGGUGCCCCUUGUCGUCCUCCUCCUCCUGCCGUCACUCGCGACCCUCAUCAAAGCUCGGGCUUUGCGCUCUGCAGCCCCAAACUAUGCAGCAGUUCACUUACAUAGGCUGCAAUAA